GUCGAGGCGCGCGCUCCUCCGGCCGCCGCCAGCUGCAGACGGGCGCUCUUCGGCCGGGUGGAGGGAGGCGAUCGAAGCGGCGGCUCCUGCCAAGGCGCCGCUCGACGAUGCGCCCGGAGCUCCGCGGCGCGCUCCGGCUGCUCCAGCUGCUGUGGUGGCCCCUGGACCUCUCGACGGCAGGCAGUCAGGCGGGGGACGGUUGUGGUCAUUCAGUGCUCACAUCAUACAGUGGGACUUUGUCUUCCAAGAACUUUCCAGGCACGUAUCCAAACUUCACUUCUUGUGAGUGGCAAAUUCACGGAGCGGCAGGGAGCCCCCUCAGCCUGGCAUUUGGAGACAUGGAUAUCGAAGCUUCUGAACAAUGCAAAUAUGGCUUCUUGUUGCUUUCAUCUCCUUCUGAUGGUUCCAGCUUUGGUCCAUUCUGUGGCAGUGCAUAUCCUCCUCACUCAGUCAUGGUGAUGAAUUCCAGCUCCAUAACUGUCUUAUUCAACAGUACAAGACACCGCUCAGGUCGUGGCUUCCUUCUUUCUUACGCCAGCGGCAACCGGUCAGAUUUAAUUUCAUGCUUGCAAAAAGGCAUCCAUUAUAACACAGAAGAAAUCAGAGUUUAUUGUCCUGCGGGCUGCAAGGGAGUGGAGAGUGACAUCUGGGGAAAUGUGAACCAAGGAUACAGAGAUACAUCUGUUCUUUGCAAAGCAGCUGUCCAUGCUGGUGUGAUCUUGGACGAGCUGGGAGGACCAAUCGUCAUAUCGCAAGAGAAAGGAGUCACUCUUUACAAAUCCAGUGUUGCAAACGGACUGCAUUCGAAAAGGGGAUCAUUAUCAGAAAAACGGCUUAUCUUUCACAAAGACUGUGCCAGGGCUUUGGAAGUUGCCAGUUUCAACGCUUCCUCCUGCUGGCAUGAACAGAGUAUUCUGGGGGACCAUCACACUUGGGCCGCCGAGCGAGCAGCAUUGGCUAUUGAUGGUCCUUCUUGGGCAGCAGAUCACAACUCUGCAAACGAGUGGCUGGAAAUAGAUUUGGGUGGAAAGAGGAACAUCACAGGAAUUGUCACCAAGGGGUCUUCCCAUAAAUACAACUACUACGUCAAAUCCUACCAGGUUCAGUUCAGCAGAGAUGGCAAGAACUGGAAGACCUACAAAUCUGGCAGCACCAAAGAGGAAAAGAUCUUCGAAGGCAACAGCAACAACUACCAGGAAGUCUCCAACGCCUUUAUCCCACCCAUCCUGGCCCGUUACCUGCGCGUUGUACCCCAGAGCUGGAACCAGAGAGCCGCUCUGAAAGUAGAGGUGCUGGGAUGCCAAACCCUUCGCCAGAAAUACAUUGAGACUGAAGGCCAAAAUAACCCAAAAGUGUUCCUUGGUGUGACCAGCACCCCAACCACUUUCACAACGAUCCCAGGAAUCAUGAUCAAUCCAGAGAGAACAGGUCCUCCAUUACUGGCGAUGCUCCUAGUUGGAGGUUCACUCUUGAUUGCCGCAACUGUCUUGCUGCUGGUCUUUCUCUGUUAUAAGAAGAGGAAGGCACCAACCCAGAAUGAUGGCAGCUUUAUAAAAGGUUACUUGAUAGCAGAAGCCAGCCAGGUAUGUUCCAGGGGGAACUUGCAACUGUCUGCCUCUGAAAUUGCCUCCUUUCCUGGGCCAGCAACGCCGGUAGAUCUUACAGGCGCUCAGUCACCAGAGUAUGCUGAGCCAGACCUGGUCCAAGUCAGCCCUGGCUGCCAGGCGGCCCCAUCCACCUUCAAGCCAGCCAUGGACGAAGGUUACACGCUCCCCCUGGUGGUGAAUCCUUACGAUGUUCCAGGCAAGCAACAUGAGUAUACGGAGCCUUUGCCCCUGGAACCGGAGUACGCCACCCCGUUCGUGGAGCAGCCUGCAGAUCUGGGGAGAGGCCCUUGCAGGACAAACCUCGGUGUCCAAAUGCUCCCUUUCUCUGAAAGUCGGGGGGGCUGCCUAGCUCCACCGGGCCUCCACAAAUCUUCACUGCAAUAUGACUUCCCAACUCAGUGUCCGGCAGAGAAGCCGGAGAUCCAAGCAGGUGACACUGCCCAACAGGAAAGAUCUAUCCGAACUGAUCUUGGCUGCCUUCCUCCUCCUCCUCCUCCUCCUCUUCCAAGCGAAUGGACUCCAAACCACGGAGAUAAAGCCCGUACAGCCUCAUUUCAGGGCCGCCAUUUCCAACAGAGAAAUCCCCCCUAUGAACACGUCUAUCACAAACCCUUGUGAAUCCUGCAGGAAGAAAAAACCUUCCCAGCAGGCUGCGGUGAAAAAGGCGGUCCCCUCUUGUAGGACCCAAACUGACAUGAUCUAUCACAGUCCUUCCAUGUUGUAGACAAAGGUCUGGCCAAGCAAUUGAUACCCAGUCUUUUUUUUCUUUUUUUUUAAAGCAAGGAUGCUCCAGUAGAUAAAGCUGGGGCCUUCUUUCUAUGGGGCGGCACGGUGGCUCAGCGGUUAAGACGCUGGGUUUGUUGGCCAGAAAGUCGGCAGCCCAGGUUCGAGACCCGAGCAUCAUGCAACGGAGGGAGUUCCCGUUCUUGCUCCAGCUCCUGCCAACCUAGCAGUUCGAAAGCAUGCAAAUGCAAGUAGAUGAAUAGGUACCACUUCGGUGGGAAGGUAACCGCACUCUGUGACAUCAUGCUGGUCACAUGAUUUGGGAAACAUCUUCGGACAGCGCUGGCUCAGUGGCCUUGUAAUAGAGAUUUCCCCCCCCCCCCGCCCUACAGUUGGCAAUGACUAGCAGAGUAAAAUCUGCAGGGACUCUGUUAUCUUUACCUUCUUUCUAUGAAAUCUGCAUUCAGCAUCUUGCUGUGCUCCUAGAAUGACCUAGAUGUUUUGCAAAGAACAAAAUGUCACCAUCUUUCCUUCGAUGUGCAAACAUCCGCCAGUAAAGGGAUUAAAAAAAUCUUUACUUUAUGGGGCUGAUGAUAAAAUUGCGUUUUCCAGUUAGACUGGUAUGGAGAACACAAGUCAACCAGACAAAGGCACACAGGUUUUCCUCCCCAUAUAUCUUGCUCUACCUCCAAGGAUUUUCCCUCUGAGGACACUGCCUUACUCCACCUAACAACAGGGUCAGCUGAUACAUCUACAAAGAACAAUCCUUCAUUGGAUCCAUGCUUACUUUCCCUGCCCAAGCUGGGGAACUUUCUAACUGAGUCUCGGGUUGUUAAACUCAUGAGAAUGACAAAUAUUCCAACAAUCCUUGCUUGCCUGCCCUGUAGUCCAAAAACAACUGUUGGGAACGGGGUGUGUAGAAUUGCGUUUAUAAUUUCUUUUGGCUGCAUUGCAGAUAUGAUUAUUGUUAAGAACACACGUACAACAUGUUAUGAGAUUCCCAGAUGAAGGAGAAGAGCAAAACUUCAUUCAGCAGAACUCAUUAAACCUACUUUCUAUUCCUA